UUAACUGUUUUCAAGCAUGAAUUACAGUCGCUCUCUUAGUAGUAAUCAUACACCAUUAGACCUACUGGACACCCGCUUUGCCUUCACCCUGAACUACCGUGGUGACUGUAUCAAAUGACCUUUUAAGGACAGUUCUCCUUCCGAUUUGGUUAUAGGACGAUUAGAGGACAUCCAUAGGGAUUUUUUCCAACUUAAGAGCUUGCAGUUCAAAAUGACGUCUAAUCAGGCACGUAUAAUGAUCUGGAGUCCACCGAGAUCAUUAUCGACUGCGUUUGCCCGUUCGAUGUCGUCCCGAUGUGAUACUAAGGUUUUCUGGGAGCCCUAUCUAAACUGUUGUACCUUCGGUCCUAACAGGACACUUCACUGGGCAGAAGAUAUACCUGGUGUCAUGAAUGAGAAAUACACCUUCAGUUAUGUAAAUGAGCUCAUGGGAGAACCUCAUCCUAAUUCACCAGUUCUCUUCGCCAAGUGUAUGAUUGAGGCAAUCAUCGAUAACUUUGACGUGGUGCGAUCUGAUUACCAGCAUACCUUUCUCAUCCGACAUCCUCUCAAGAUGUACAGAUCCUAUGAGAAACUCAGUCAAGGUGUGCUUCCAAUCGACUUCAAGGUUGCCUUCAAGAACAUCUACCAGGAACUGAACAAGUUUUAUGACCACGUGAUCAACGUUUUCGGCCAAUCAGCGCCUCCGAUCAUAGAUGCAGAUGAUCUUCAAGAGAAUCCUGAAGGGAUUAUUUCAAAGUACUGCGAGAUGGUUGGAAUCCCGUAUACAUCAAACAUGUUAAAAUGGGAGAGUAUUAAGGACCCUGCAGUUCUGAAUUGGGAGUUUAUAGAUGUAGGAGUUAUUUCCCAAAACAGCUAUAGUACUGGUCUUACUCUCUCAGGAGCUUUCACAAGUACGGGGUUUGGGAAUGGAGUGAAAAAGACAGAAACUGAAUAUUCAUCGGAUGUAAAAAAGUGCGCUGAUUAUGCCAUGCCUGCGUAUGAAAGACUGCAUAGAUUACGCAUCAAAGUAUAACAUAAUCAGUAAUCAAUCAACUAUCUACAAAAGUAUUGGUUUUUUGCCAGGGGCGGCGAUCCUGUGGGGCGGGGGGGGACACAGUUCACCCACCUUUUAAGCACUGAAAGAGUGCCCGCUCCCGAACGUGUACUGUGCCCCUUUCGCCUGAGGAGGACUCGUUUUAUGUAUUACCAAGUGCCCUUCUCGUACAAGUGGCAAUUUUUAACAAAAAAGUGCCCCUCAGGAACGUGUUCUUUGCCAUUUUCAGUCCUGAGAAGGGCCCAUUUUAUGCCGUUAGCAAGUGUGUCUUUGCCUUCUUACAGGUGCUCUUUCUCGUAUCAGUACCCCCUUUAACCCAAGAAAAGUGCUCCUCACCAACUUCUUCUGUGCUCCUUUCGCCUGAGAAGGACCUGUUUAAUGUAUUAACGAGUGCCCCUUUGAAACAAGAAAACACCGUUUUCAUUUUUAUGUUACUACUUUUUAAGAAAAAAAAGAAUAAUCCUACCUGCCUCUCCAGAGUCAUGUUAGUGGGGUGGAUAAGCAGUGGCGUAAAGACGGGGGCUCCCCCCCAAAAAAAAAAAAAAAAAAAAAAAAAACUUACAGAUUUUACGUGAUUCUACAUAUCUGUCCCCCUCAAAAUGUUUGACUCAUUACACCACUGUAAAACAGUCAUUUUUUCUUUGUGUUAACAUAAUGCCCUUUUCGAAAGAAAAGGUGUCCUUUUCCCCUGUGCCCCCGCACUUUCAACUUCGCUCCGCCGCCCCUGGGUUUUGCUUGAAAGUUUAUUUAAUAUUUUCUACAUAUUAUCUCUGAUGUUUGUUGUCUAGACCUGUUUAAUCCUCAUCAUAAUAAUUAAUUCCUUUUCCAUUUACCCUCUGGUAGUUAAUCAAAUAGAACACAGAUGAUAUAUCAUCCUUUCGUCUAAUAGUU